UCUAACCGCCAAAUUUCGUCUCGUAGCUAAUCAUCAACCAGCAUCAAGCUGGUUAUACCAUCAUUAUACCAUGAUGGAUACCAGUUGAUACGAGUUGAAAAGUGUAUCACAGAACAUUCCUUUUCUUUUACAAUAUGACGUAUAUAUGUUAGAACAGUGUACGAUAACGACUAGUAAAUAUUUAAAAAUGUAUAACAUAACAAUAUAUUGACGUAUCGUUAUAUUAUAAAAUCGAAGUCUGUAAGGUAUAAGUUUGAGCUUCAAUUUAAACGAUAAAAUUAUUACAAUAAAAAAAGUGCAAAUGGCUUCGAAAAUGAAGAAAUACUCCGAUUGUCAAAUAGCUGCAAUUCUUGAUGCUGAAUCGGAUUCUGAUACAUGCAAAGAAAUUAAUAAUGGGCCAAGUAAGUUACAAAAGAGAAGAAAUUCGAAAUUAAAUGAUUCAAAAGAAGAUAGUUCAGAUGCAGAAGUCAUAUUCAACAAUGUUAAAAAGGUUGUUCGAAAGAAUAGCAUUACACAGAAGGAAAGUGUUUCACUUAGAAUUAAAUUGCGAAGAUCUACAGAACAGAGUUUAUAUAAAAGUUAUUUAGACUCAGACUGCAGAAAAUCCAGAAAUAAAUUGCAAAGUAAGCCUUUAAAACAAAAGAAGAAAAACCAUCUAGAAGUAGAAAGUGAUGAGUCUUUUACCAAUAGUAAAGACAGUUCUAUAACAACAGAUAGUCCAGACAAGACUGAAUUAGUAACAAUGCAAAAUGAGAAUGAGGUAUUGCCUAGGACUAGAAUUAGGAAACGUCCAUUAAAAUUUUCUUCAUAUCAUUGUGGUUCGUUAGAUUCCAUUUGUAGUUUGGAGAAUCCUCCUGUGAAUUCUCCAUCUUUGAGGAAUAGGAAGAACAUAAAUUAUAACGAGAAUACAUUACUAAUUAAUGCUAUAAAGUCUAGCUUAAAUACAGACAGAACAGAAGCCAAACAAAAGGAAAAUAAAGAUAUAAAUGUCUCUAGAAGUGUCUCUAGACGUAAUUCAAAGUCAAACACAUUAAAGUCAAACCUAAGGAAUACUAAACGAAGAUAUGCACAAGAUUCUAUACAAGAUAGCAAGAGUGAUAGUAGUACAGAUAUUGAAGAAAUUAAAAUAAAAUCAUUGAAACAGUCCAAUCACUUGGAGAAUAAGAUUGAUGAUAAGUUGAACCAAUAUUCAGAAACAAAGGAGAUAAUAAAUGAACAUAAUUUAAGUACAUCAGUCAGAGGAGAUAAAGAAAAGGGAGUGGUUUCUAAAAAGAUCCAAAAAAGCAAAGGCAACUGCGACAAAGAAAUUUGGAUAAAUGCUGAAAAUACACCAGCAUCUAUAAAUUCUAUUAACAAUAUCAAUAACUUCAAUGAAGAGGAAUGUUUAGCUGAUUUGUAUAAGUGUAUUAAAAUAUCAUCUCCAAAGAAAAAAGUUUUAACACCACAGAAAAAAAAUAAUGUGCAAAAGAGUAUAGAAGUACAGCUACAAGAAACUCAUUUGAGUACUCCGAAAUCUCGUUCGAUAAAAUGUAGUAGUUUAACACCGUCGUUGAGAAAAAGAAAUAGCACUUUGUUAAAACCAUCUACACCUUUGCAAGAAGCUAGAUCGAGACUACACGUUAGCGCCGUACCAAAGUCUUUGCCUUGUAGAGAAGAGGAAUUUAAUAACAUUUUCACAUUUCUCAAAGGAAAAUUGGAGGACAAAAGUGGAGGGUGUAUAUACAUAAGUGGAGUACCUGGAACAGGCAAAACUGCAACUGUAAACGAAGCUGUAAGAUGCUUGCAAAAAUUGAUUAUUAAAGACCAGAUAGACGAUUUCGAUUACAUUGCAAUUAAUGGUAUGAAAUUAACAGAGCCAAGACAAGCUUAUGUACAAAUUUUGAAGCAGCUAGAUGGUAAAUUUGUUACUUGGGAGCAAGCAUAUCGUAUACUCGAGAAAAGAUUUAACGGGAAUAAUUCUAGGAUGACGUUGCUCCUCAUAGACGAACUCGACUUUUUAUGUACAAAACGCCAGGAUGUCGUGUAUAAUUUAUUAGAUUGGCCAUCAAAGGCAACAGCACGAUUAAUUGUUGUCACCAUAGCCAAUACUAUGGAUUUACCUGAAAGAGUUCUAAUGGGUCGUGUUACAUCGCGCUUGGGCCUCACUCGGUUGACUUUUCAGCCAUACAAUUAUAAACAAUUACAAGAAAUAGUGAUGUCCAGACUUAAAGACUUCAAUGGUUUCAGAAGCGAAGCUAUACAACUUGUUGCGCGAAAAGUUUCUGCUGUGUCUGGAGAUGCUAGACGAGCAUUGGAUAUAUGUCGUCGCGCUAUAGAAAUUGCGGAAUCGCGAAACGCUGAAACAAUAUCUCUCCAAGAUGUAACCGAAGCUGUGUCUGAAAUGAUUGCAUCAGCAAAAGUUCAGGCUAUAAAACAUUGUUCAAAAAUGGAACAAAUAUUUUUACAAGCGAUAUCUGCCGAGGUCAUACGAACAUCUAUCGAGGAUGUAUAUUUUAUCGAUGCUUACAAACAGCUCGAAGCGUUAUGCUCGUUUGACGGCAUAAAAGUACCUACAGUAACAGAAAUACUCGCUGUUUGUGGAAGAUUGAGUGCUAGUAGAUUGUUGAUAUGCGAGCAUGCGAGAAACGACAUAUAUCAAAAGAUAUUAUUGAACGUUUCCACAGACGAUAUACACUAUGGAAUUCAGGAGUUAGAUUUUAAUUCAAAAUAAUGGAAUAUGUACAUUUCUUCUGUGUGCUCUUAGAAGUGCCUUAAUAGAUUAUACGUUUUGCCUUAGUCGCGAUUUUUGUGAAUAAAAUUUGUAAAAUAUGUUAUUUAUUAAUUAAAUUUUAUAUUUAAGACAGAAAA